GCAGUAACAUAUGAAACCAUUAACAUUUUCUGCUUCCGCUUAAGAUGACAAUGUCAACAUAAACGAUCGUUUUUCUGCAAUAAUACUGUUGUUUUACACGUUAUUCCGCGGGUGCCUGCAGAGAAAUUCGCUACGCGAGAGGGACGUUUUCAUAAGGGUGAGUAUUUGCACCGGAGUUAUUCAUUGCAUCAAGGUGUCCUCACAGCGACGGGACGAUGUCAGAAGCCCUUUUCCUCACAUUCCAGUCUCAGCUCUCCGUUGUCAUGGAGACCGUCCUCAAAUCAGCCAUGUUUGAGAUAACCAGGCUGGUGGAGGACAGCUUCCUGGAGGAAGUGGGUCAUCGUAAACAGGAGGUGGAGGUCUUGAAACGAAGGCUGCAGUUGUCUGAGAGUAAACUGAGGGAGAGGGAGAGGGAAUGGGAACGGGGGAAGAAGACACGGUGCCCGGACUGUGGCCGAACGGGAGAUUUCAGCAGCAGAGACGAGAGCCAGCCUGUAGAGACAGUCCGUGGAGCAGACAGCCUUUGUUUAGGCCUAAGCCUGAGAGAUCAAUCUACCAAUCAACCUACACUAACUGAAGAUGUGUGGAGUGCCAGACAACACCUGGAGACUAACAAACAAACAACACCACGCUCACACUCUAAAGAGAAGAAUGAUGUACACCCACAGAAUGCAAAAGAGAUCGUCACACCUAACUCCAAUGCACAAAUUCAUCAGGAUUUUCUGCAGAGGCUUCUGGGCAGUUCAGCCAUUCACAGUGAGUCCACUAGUGACUUCCAACCCAGAGUGAGUGACUUAGACAAAUCCGAAAAAAACUUUACUCUUGAUAAGGAAAUGGACUCAAACCACUCAAAACUGUUACAAAGUCCUUUGGCUCAGGAUGUGCACGAGGAUUUCCCCCCGUCUUCGCCAAACGGUAGAGUAAAAACAGAAACAGAGCUGGAUCUUCUACCUGUCAAGGAGGAGGAAGAGAUGGUUCCGGUGUGGGACAGUGUCAACAGAGAUGACGGUUGUCAUGCAGAAAUGGCUGAUCCGAGUCAGGGAGAGCUCAGAGGACCUUGUGACCAGGAGGAGAUACAGGUAGAAAGCUUUCCAGGUCUAAACUCUCUCGACAUGCCAGGCGCCAUCUCAUAUUUCACACCUUAUUCAGUCAGCACACUGGUACAUCAAGGUAUUAGGGCACAACAUAGUCAUUUAUGCACAACAGAGCUGAUGCUUUCUAGCAUACCAGAGAGGUCACAUUCAUUUGUCCAACCAGAAAAUGGACACAGAUAUCCUGGUUCAAAGAGUUCUGUCCUCUAUUCUCACAGUGAUGUUUGUCCAGGCGAGAAAGCAGUGAGCCACGAGCAAUACCCAAAGCAUUUCUCCCAGGACAAACUUGGGACGCCUGAACAAAUCCAUGCAGAAAGAUCCCACCAUUGCACCCAAUGUGGGAAAACGUUUGCAAGAGCAUGUGACCUUAAGGCUCAUUCGCUGAUCCACAAGGGCAAGAAACCUCUGAGAUGUCGGCAGUGCGAUCAGACCUUCGCGUACAACUUCGAGCUCAAGGCUCACCAGCGAAAUCACUCAGGGGAGCGACCUCACAUCUGUCCGCACUGCGGCAAAGCCUUCACUCGAAUGAGCAACUUCAGGCAGCAUCAGAACAUCCACACUCGGGAGAAACUCUUCAGCUGCACUCAGUGCGGGAUGCGAUUCAAUCGAGCCACCAACCUGCGAGUUCAUCUCAGACGACACAGCCACGCGGGGAAGACCUACAAUUGCCCUUUUUGUGGAAAGAGCUUUCUGAAUCCCAGGCAAAUGAAGGCUCAUUUACAGAAAGCCCAUGGAAGAGGCGGGAAAUAAACAUAUCUAAUUUGGAAAUUCAGUUCGAACUGAUUCUGAAUUGGAUCAAUUCAUGUUUACAUAUUAUAAAUGGUCUGCACUGUUAAAACUCAAGAAGAUAGCAGAGGAGCCACUGUCCCAUCGUUUCCACCUUAGAGACAACUAAACAAGAUCUGGACAAAAAUUGUUAUGCAUGGAAUCUUUACAUUACGGAAAGAUGAGGAAACUUAGGUUUCCUUAUAGGUUUUAUACAUAUAGAAGUUGGAAUGACUGAUUUACACCAACAGGAAAUAUCUUGCUGUUGUAUUAUAAAUGUAUAUUAGUUGGUAUAUAUUAUAUAUUUAAUGUUUUUAUGUAUUCCCUCCAACAACAGUAAAGGCACAGUAUGUAGCACAUCCUCAUACCCGAGAAUGUUUGCCUUUUUAGAAUUUAUAUUUUCACUAAAAAGGUACCCUGGCCUUCACUUAAAUUGUGAUGUGUCCCUGUUGUUUCAACUUUCAUGGCAUUUUGUUGGAAAAAGUAAAUGAACCAUCAGAUGUAGCAACUGGUAGCACCUCUCUUUCUCGUUCCUGACAUUCAGCCCCACCUCAGCAAGUCAGUAAAGUUAGUCCAAAUUUCUACAGUUCCAUUUCAGUCUUCCAUUCAGACUUCAAGUCUCCUUUUCAGUGUUGUUUUUUUUUUUUUUUUGGAUUGAUGAACAUUGUUGUUGGA